AAAACCCUGGGCAGACGGGACUCUAGUGACGACUGGGAGAUCUCAGAAGGUCAGAUCACCCUGGGUCAGAGGAUAGGCUCUGUUGUAAAGCAGGAAAAAACCCUGGGCAGACGGGACUCUAGUGACGACUGGGAGAUCUCAGAAGGUCAGAUCACCCUGGGUCAGAGGAUAGGCUCUGGAUCCUUUGGGACCGUCUUCAAGGGCAAGUGGCACGGCGACGUGGCGGUGAAGAUGUUGAACGUGACAGCUCCCACACCACAGCAGCUACAGGCCUUUAAGAACGAGGUGGGAGUCCUCCGGAAGACUCGUCACGUCAACAUCCUGCUGUUCAUGGGUUACACCACCAAGCCUCAGCUGGCCAUCGUGACCCAGUGGUGUGAGGGCUCCUCCCUCUACCACCAUCUACACAUCAUAGAGACCAAGUUUGAGAUGAUCAAGCUCAUAGAUAUCGCCCGGCAGACCGCGCAGGGCAUGGAUUACCUGCACGCCAAAUCCAUCAUCCACAGAGACCUGAAGAGCAACAACAUCUUCCUCGAGGACCUGACCGUGAAGAUAGGAGACUUCGGCCUUGCCACAGUGAAGUCCCGUUGGAGGCGCUCCCACCAGUUUGAACAGCUCUCUGGCUCCAUCCUGUGGAUGGCCCCAGAGGUCAUCCGUCUGCAGGAUAAGAACCCGUACAGCUUCCAGUCCGACGUCUACGCCUUCGGGAUAGUUCUCUACGAGUUGAUGUCUGGGGCCUUGCCCUACUCCAACAUCAAUAACAGAGACCAGAUAAUCUUCAUGGUGGGUCGGGGAUACCUGUCUCCUGACCUCAGUAAGGUGCGCUCCAACUGUCCUAAAGCCAUGAGGAGGCUGAUGGCUGACUGUAUGAAGAAGAAGAGAAUCCUGGCGUCCAUUGAGCUGCUGGCGCGUUCUUUACCCAAGAUCCACCGCUCCCCGCGUCGGAACCCUCACUGA